AUGGUAGUUGAGGUGUCUGAAAUUAGUCUCCAACAAUCCAAUGUUGCUGAAUUCACUGCAAGUACUGACUUUGAAAGAAUCUUGAAAUGCAUUGAGACAAAGUCCAAUACCAAUGGUGUCUUUGAUGAAUUUAAAUUCGUUCUUGAUGGCUCUUCAUCUAUUGAUUUAAGCAACACGUACGUAGAGAUUAGUCUGUGCAAUUCAAGGACAGCUUUGGCAGCUUCUUUGAGGAAUGGUAUGCAAAAUAACAGAUAUCAUCGACAGGAAUGCUCAAAGUAUAGAAGUUUUAAAAAUAUUCAUCUUGCAGCUGUAUAUUUAACAUGGUCAAAAACUCAAAGAAACGAAUUUGGUUCUUAUUAUGCAGCCAAGAAAGUACAGAUAGAUAACCUCGCUACACUUGGAUAUGAUGGUCGAGGCAAACCUAUCGAAAGAAAGUUAACAUUCACAAAUAUUCCUUGUGGAUUGUCAGAAAAAAGUUUUAAAAACUAUAUCGGGUAUUACAACACUGAAAGAUUUAAAUUAAAUGUAUCAUUCAUGUCUGUGGUUUUACAAGCUAUAUCAGAGAAGGUUUCGUUUGCUGAAUAUGAAGCUCGGGCCAGAAAUGAGAAAACUGUGCAAAGAUUUUAA